AUGGGGGGUUGGACGGCAUUCAUCUUCACCUACCUCCUAGGAGGCUUGACCUUUCUGCCCUUGGCCGUCUUUGUCGUCCUCGCCCACGCCUAUUUGACCCUCCCUUACCGACAGGAUGCUGACACAACCUGCGACUUUGUCGACGACGGUCCGGGCUCCAUCGUCCAGCCCGGCGACGACCUGACGGCCCUCGAGGCCGAGAAAGCCAUGGCCAAGGACGAGGGGGCGACAAAUACAACGACGAAGCGGUCCGCCCAGGAGAACGACGUCGCUGCGGGCUACUUCGCCGUCUGCAGGGAGUACACGCCCAUGGGAAUCAACGCGAAGCCUAUUGAGCGAGCCACCCCGACCGGGUCCACAACCGUCGCCGCGCCGAGCCAGAGCGUCUACCAGACCAUGUACAAGAGCAUUUUCGAACGCAAGUCAACUCCGGGGCCCUUGGACAAUAGGAACGGCCUGAGCCAGCGUCCCAAGAACGCUGGCAACGUAUUUUAUGUCGUGCUGAGGCACGGCCACUUGAUGCUCUUUGACGACGACGAACAACUCGAGGUCCGACACGUAGUCUCGCUCUUGCACCACGACAUCAGUAUAUACUCUGGCGGAGACGUCACCCCCGAGGGCGAGCUGUACAUCAAGAGGAAUGCGUUGUGUCUGUCGCGGAGGACGGACGGUGCUGAGCCCGGUCCAGACAGCCAACUUUCCAAGCCAUUUUACCUCUUCUCGGAAAACUGCUCGGCCAAGGAGGACUUUUACUUUGCCAUGCUCCGCAACCAGGAGCAGACCUUUGGUGCUGAGAGAAAAGCCCCGAGGCCGAAGCAGUUCGAGGUCAAGAACAUUAUUGCACUGGUCCAGAAGCUGCACUCUUCCGAUGAGCACCUGUCCACGAGGUGGCUGAAUGCCAUGGUCGGCCGGAUGUUCCUGGGGAUCUACAAGACGACUGAUCUAGAGCAUUUUAUCCGCGAGAAGCUCACGAAGAAAAUUGCCCGUGUCAAGCGGCCGUCUUUUCUCACCAACAUUGCCAUCCGCAGAAUCGAUACCGGCGAGUCUGCACCUAUCAUUACGAACCCACGCCAUAGGGACUUGAACGUCGAAGGAGAGUGCGUGAUGGAAGCCGAUAUUCGAUACACGGGCAACUUUCGCAUCGAGGUUGCUGCUACAGUUCGUAUCGACCUUGGAUCGCGCUUCAAGGUCCGCGAGGUCGAUAUUGUCCUAGCAGUUGUCCUUAAGAAGCUAGAGGGGCAUAUGCUGUUCAAGAUCAAACCCCCGCCGAGCAAUAGAGUCUGGCUCUCUUUUCAGAGCAUGCCGAAGAUGGAGAUGACAAUCGAGCCGAUUGUGAGCGCUCGACAGAUCACAUACACCAUCAUCUUACGACAGAUUGAGAAUAGAAUCAAGGAGGUUGUUGCCGAGACAUUAGUGCAGCCGUUCUGGGACGACAUGCCAUUUUUCAACACGGAGCACAAGAAGUGGCGAGGCGGCAUCUGGGAGGACGACGAUGCGGUUGUUGGCUCGAGUAGUGAGGACACCAACAUUGCAGGAGACGGCGAUGUGGAAGGUGUUGAUCGUUUCGAUGAGACGGGAGACCUGUCCAGUGAGACGAGACCGUUGGAGAAGAGCCACAGCAUGCCCAUCGUCGAGAACUCUCCACCCGCCGGGUUGUUCGGCAGGAAGAUCCAGAGCAAGGGAUCCAACAGCCCUCUCAACGGCUCUUCUACGAGCAUCGACGUCAUCGGCCCCCCCACGGUAGCGUCGUCGGCAUCACCUGUUCCUAAGCCGUUCAGAUCGCCGUCGAUUUCGAGUCCGGCCAACCCUGUGGUCGGCACCGAUAUAGCCCACGCGGAUGUAUUCAAACCCUCGUCAUCGCCGCCCGACCAUGCUUCGAGCAUGAUGGCGGCACUGUCCGCAAGGUCGACACCGGCGACGACUCCCUCUGAGGCACCAACCAGGCCCACGCUGCUCGCCAAAGCCCCGAGCCAAUCUUCCGUGUCUUCUCGUGAGGCCACAGAUAACGAAAAUGAGGCGGACCGCACGCCGGUGACCGGGGGGCGGCGAAGUACAGCUUCCUCGGCCGAGUCGAUGCGCAUCAACGAGUCCGUUGACCCUAGCUCGCCAACGUCGUCUUCAAGAGGCUCUGUCAAGAGUACUACGGGCUCCGUCUCGAAGGGUCUGUUCCGACGAGAGAACACCGGGAGCACGAACUCGACCACCUCGGCAAACGGCGAGACGAAACGCACCACUCUCUCGGCCGUUGCGAAUGCUGCAGUCACUGCCAGGCAGUGGGGCUGGAACGCAAUCCAGAAACACAAGGACGCCAAGAACAGCAACGGGACAGAACAGGCGCCUCAGCUGGACCUGAACCAACCCAUGGGAAGAGGUAGGCCCUUGCCGCCCCCGGGUACACCGCUUCCGCCUCCCGAGCGGGGGUCCAAGGUCACGACGAUCCCCGUGCCGAAGCGGAAGGUCAUACCCCCACCGAAUAUCCCCGAACGUCCGCAGCCAACCGCAACAGCGGAAAGCAAACCUGAGCGCAGACCCGUGCCGCCCCCGCCCCUGCCGUCGCGGCGCCACAUUGACACGCACAAGAACACGGAUGAAGAUGGCGGGGAGAGCUUGCUGGUCGUUGAGGCGCCUCUGGACUCGGAGCCCUCGACUCCGCUGGCCGAGAGCAUGUUUCCGUCCGCGUACGUCCAGCCGUGGGUCGAGGAGGCAUAUGACGACGAAGGGAUCACGGGCAUCUCACAGACACAAGACUCUAGGCACGAAGAGGACAACAGUCGAGAGGGGGGCAAGGAAAAGAGUCGAACGCCACCACCUCUUCCACAGCGCCGCAGCAAGCCUGAGGAGGGCGACCAAGCCAUUGAGGCCGGCCCCACGAACGUGGCGGAUGACGACGAGGACUAUUCUGCGUGGAUCGACGACACGCAGGAUAUUUUGGUUGGCAGCGGAAGGGGCAGCGUGGAGGUGAAGUAA